GAAUCUCUGACUUUCCCUUUGAAUCCACCGUGGUAACCACUUGAAAUCCAUCUCCACCUCCUCCGAUUCACUUAAAAUCUUGGUCAUUGUCACUCCAAUCUCCGAUUCAACUAGAAUUGAGCUCCGGUGGCAUUUCAGUACUCGGCUUCUGGUGCGUCAAAUCGUCCACCGGUGACUAGCAUCUUUGAUUCCAAUCUCCAAGUCUAAUGGCUAUGGAGAUCCAUUUGAUUUCCGGCGAUUCAUUGUCUCCGACCUCGCUCCAGAUAUGGUCGCCAGCAGCUGUCACUCUCCGGCGACUUCAGCUCAGAUCCGGCGAUCUUGACGAUUUAUGAUAUGCUCCUCCUUUGGGACAUAAUAUUAGAAGCUGAAGAAACGAGUACAAGGGGUAUUCUACCUUCAGGAAAUUGUGCGUGACCCUGAUAUUUGUCUAGUACAGGUUCACUCAUGGGAAGGGAUUGGGAAUGAAGCCAAAGAACACGUGGACAGCUGUGAAGGUGGAACAUAUGAAUGGAUUGUUAAUACUUUUUUGUGCAAGGAUAUCAAGAUUUGGCCUGUUAGUACUUUUUGGUUCUUUUGGAUAGACUUGGCUAUUUUUGUACAAGCACAUAGAAUGGUAUAGGCAUAUAGAAAUGCUACAAGCAUUAUGGAAAGUGGGUUCUUUUUGGUAGUGUUUUUAUGGAUAGUUUAACUAUAUCAUGUAAUUAAGGAUCUAUUAUCUUUUAAUACAUAUGAACACAUUAUGGACCAUAUUUCUAUGGAUUGUACUGUUAUUAUGCUAAAUUUAUGUUAUGUAGGUAAAUUGUUAUGUUUUGAGCAGAUUUGUCAACUUCUUUUUUAAAAAAGGCAAAUUUGCUAAAUAAUGACAAAAUAUCUUG